AGCUCUCAGACAUGGCCGAGACAACAGGGGAGGCGGCGCACGACCGACCUUAUUUUUACAAAGAAAGACUGAAAUAUACCCCCGAGGAGGAGGCGAAGCUUGAAAGACAGCAUUUCUGGAAAGUUAUUGAUGCUUUUAGAUAUUACAGAAUCCAUGUGCAGGAGCAGAUCAAGCGUGCGGAGCGUCAAUUUCAAAGCCUCCCACAGCACCACCAGAAGUUGCUGCCAGGUGUGCUGCCCAACCUGGCUCGCAUCAGCCAGUGUGUGGACCACAACCAGGAGGUGCUGCAGGCCAUCGUCUACAACUGCAUCCACAUGUUUGAGAACAUGGAGUACGGCGAGAGGGAGGAUCCCAGGAAGGUGCGUCCAUCUUCUACGUUUGACAUGGAUAAGCUAAAGUCCACCAUAAAGCAGUUUGUUCGAGACUGGAGUGAGGUGGGCCAGGCUGAGAGGGAGUCCUGCUACCGGCCGCUCAUCCAAGAGAUCCAGAGACUCUUCCCCAGUGACAAAUAUGAUGUGUCUAAGGUGAGCGUGCUGGUUCCGGGUGCUGGGCUUGGCCGUUUAGCCUGGGAGAUCGCUCGGCUGGGUUAUAUUUGCCAGGGAAACGAAUGGAGCUUCUUCAUGCUGUUCUCUUCAAACUUUGUUCUUAAUAGGUGUGACAAGGUGAACUCUCUGACCCUGUACCCCUGGAUCCACCAGUUUAGCAACAACAAGAAAUCAUCUGACCAGACACGGGCGAUCAGCUUCCCUGAUGUGAACCCCCAGAGCUUGCCGCCUAACGCAGACUUCUCCAUGGUGGCAGGGGAUUUCCUGGAGGUUUACACUGAGUCAGACUCCUGGGACUGUGUGGCGACCUGCUUCUUUAUUGACACGGCUCACAAUGUCCUCGAAUAUGUGGAGACCAUCUGGAAGAUUCUUAAGCCUGGUGGGGUGUGGGUCAACCUGGGCCCUCUGCUGUACCACUUUGAGAACAUGGCCAAUGAACUCUCAAUUGAACUUAGCUACGAAGACAUCAGGGCAGCUAUCAUUAAAUAUGGCUUCCGCAUAGAGGUGGAGAGAGAGUCGGUUCAGACCACCUACACAGAGAAUGACCGCUCUAUGUUAAGAUACGUUUAUGACUGUGUCUUCUUUGUGGCACGGAAACCUGUUCAUGUGUGCGCCAACGGUCAAGAAGACAACCAAUCACAGAACUCACCACCGGCUGCUAAGUCACCGAGGAGAGAGGAGGCCGACAGCCUGACGUGAACACCGGUCGGCUGAUUGACAAAAAGAAAAGAAAAUGGAUAUAGCAGCAGCAGCAGAGGCAGAACACAAUGGAUAUGAUGUUUUUUUCUGUCAUACUCAUUUUUAUGAUGAAACUUGCACAAGUCUGCAAACCCACCUCUUUUUGGGGGGUGGAGGGACAGGUGAAACACUUGCUAAUGGCUCAAAUCAAGUGUCUUAUGAACUACAGUACAGUGUCGUCUUUCAGCCCUUUUUUUUUUGCCAGGCACUAAAUUGGAAAUCUGCAAGGGCUUUCUGCCUCAGUAGUGAAGUAGUACUGUCUGUGCAUGAAACCUAGUGAGCCUAAAUAUAUUCCUCGACACUUUGGUUUCAGUCACGUCUGUUGCACUUCCUUGCUUUUACUGAUUUGUGUGUGAGCGACAGUGAGGAGUGUACCGUACCUCUUUUAGCUCCAUAUGCCUGCAGUUUUGUUGACUCUUAUCUCCGCUGUCUUCUACUGCCUGAGGUUUGGUGUGUUUGAUGGGACAUAAUGAUUGUGGAUUUGAGUCUUUUUACAUUCAUCAUUUACAUAUGAAAUAAAAUUUAUAUUUUUUUUCUUUUUUACUCAGAUGCAGUGCUCAACAAACGGCACUGAAAAUGAAACCAGAGCUUUUCUGGAUCCAAAUAAGUUCUUAAAACCUGCCAUAAUGUUGAGAAAGUGUGAAGUUUGGUCAGAUGAUUAGGAAUAAGUUAUGAAGUUAUUGUGUGACUGAAUGUGUUUCAUCAAUUUGUGGCAAUUUCUACACUUUGAAAUAAAGGCAGUGAUUUUCAAAAAAAUAAAAACAUAUUUAUUGAAGCUGUGCAGCGCUGUUUCCUAAUCUCCCA